GGUAAACAGAAAGCAGAAUAAUCAAUGAUAUCGCGGCGAGAAAUUGGACUUUUUUGACAGACUUUCAUCUUACUGUGGAUCUCGACGAAAAAAUGGCUCAGCUAAAACCCGUUGACGCAGAGCGGAAACAGAAGUUUCCAUCUCUUUACGGCAAAGAAAGCGCCGCCGCUAUCAUAGAACGAAAGGAGCUGGAAAGUCUAGACGUAUCAAAUUGAUGACAAGCGUUUAAGUUUUUUCUGCCUAUUUUCUUCUAGUUGUCGUUCAGGUUUUGAGUUCGCUUGUUCUGAUGUUUGAGAUGAUUAGCCAUUGAUAUCCUUGACUCUAUCAGGUCGAACCGGGCCCAGGGGCUUAUUUCGGCCCCGACUCGAGCGGAUUCAACGCGUUGGGCAACCAGAGGUUUUCACGAUGUAGGUCUGAGCCCUCCGUGAAAUUCGCACAAACAGGCUGGCACGAAUGGCGUGGGGUCUUUGUAACGAAGCAACACCGGCCGGCGAAGGCCGGUGACGACGUGCCGGGGGCAGGAACGUACUGAAUUUUCCUUCAUGUGUUGAUGUUGUCUUCACCAGCCAGUCUCCGGCUCUGAAAGCAAGAGACAGGAUGAAAAAUCGAGUUUAUUUACGUCACGAACGGGAACCGGAUCCGGAACAUCAACAUGUAUGUGCUUGAGCAUCUACAACAUCAUAUAAUUCACCUACCAUGUGAUUGUCAACCGCUCGAGUACUACAACAACUCAAUCGAUUUUUCUUUCACUUUCAAGAAUCACGUAUCACGAUAGGUAUUUCGACAGCAUCGACCAGUUGAGCACGAUGAACGUAGAAAGCGGUGUCGAAAUGCCGAAAGCGCAGCGAUUUCCGAAAAAGGCAUACUCAAGUGCGUCACCGGGCCCAGCGUACGACAUUCGAGGAAAGCAUCAGAAAGACGUCACGACGAUAACGAGGUACAGAGCAGUGUCUUCGCAUUGCUUGUAAUUGUAUCAUGUGAACGUAGGUGAGUUCAAUCAUGUUCAUGGAAUUGCAGCAGUGGAAUGGGAUUAUUAGGUCACAGACGUGCAACAAGUAGGGCGUCGUGCAAGUGCGCUCGGGGAAAGUAAUCUGGUUUAUCCGAAAUGACUUAAAUCUACCUCUACUUCAGGAAAAACAACGCCCAGAGAUUCGGGAAGGCAGAGCGAUUUGAUAUGAGCACAAAGAAGGACAGCAUAUCCGGGAAUAUCGGGCCAGGACAAUACGAUCGCAAGGACACUGCCAUCAAGCUAGGUAUACUCGUUGACACUCCACAGUUCUUGCAAAUUCAUCUCUACCACCUUCUUCAAUUACGCAAGUUCAUUCUCUGACUUGACAUCAGUGUCGCUUAUCAGCGUUGCUUAGUGCGUCUUGCAUAUCGUUUCGCAUCGACUCUCAAAAAUGUUAUUUGAUGCAUUCAUUGCUAAUAUGAUGUACAGACUACGCAUCGGCAAAGUCAUUUGGACUGGGGUUAUGAACUGCAAAAGUGUCUGGGUCUGGAAGAAUGCAACUUGUGAUGCUGAAUUUGGAUUCCAAAAAAAUCUGUAUUGCACGAGUACCGAAAGGAAUGUAAUUUUUGCUACGCGGACAGGGCAUUUGUCAUGCGGAAUAGGCAUCGCGAAGCCCUCAAAAAAUCUGUGAUGCUAGGGCAUGCAUCACAGACAUCAUGGCCAAUGCAAAACAUGCAUGACAAGUCUCAGAAUCUUCCAGACCCAGACAGUUUUACAUUUGAUAGGGGUUCGAAGCAUACCAGCGCGUGGUGUGUCCCGGGUGGGAGAAGGUGGGACUGGGUAUUGUGAGGCAAAAUCCCCCCUUCCCAUAUCGAAACGAAGUUUCUGAUGCUGGAUUUGCGUACACAAAUCAGAUUGGUCUUGCAGAAAGUGCUUGGCGGCAUUUUCUAAGCCUGUCUUGGCAUGCAGAAGGCUAGCAAUUGCGCAUGGCAAACAGGUUUGCAGUAGUCGAAAGCGCAUGACAGACUUGCUCUGGAAUGCGUCAAAUGGCUCCUAUUGCCCUACAUGCAAGACAAAGAUGAUUUGUGGCCGCAAAUUAGCAUCACAAAUUAUAUCCGUUUUGAUAUGGGGAGGGGGGAUUUUUCAUUUUGAUACAGGGAAAGGAAUCCAAGGGACCAGGACCACCACUGUGGAGAGAUCCGCUGAACGGUAUGCCUUUUUACAUAGUGUUGAACGUAAAGCAAGGCUGCUUAUUAUGCUGUGAUGAAUGAAAUCAAUGAAUAGAUAGAACCUGUUGGUAGUUGUACGUAGGAAAUCUUUCGCGUUUCCCAUGUAAAAUAAAAUGUACCGAGCAAGGAACAAUUAUGACAUACGCAAACAACAGCAAAAGACGUGAAGACGCACCUGAUCCCCAAGGCUAACCGGUGGGGUCCGCGGAAAAAGAGCGACGAGGUGCCCGGGCUAUCAAAUGCAAAAAUGUCUGGGUCUGGAAGAUUGCGAAAUUUGUCAUGCUUGUCUGGCAUGACCAAAAAGUUUGUGAUGCGUGCCCAAGAAGAGACGCUUUCGCCUGUCAUGCAAAAACGCAGUUUGUCAUGCGAAAAACGCAACAGAAAGUGAAAGAAGCGCGCAUAUUUCUCAUGCUUGGCUGUGCAUUACAGAGCAUUCAUCAUUCCCAACGCAGCACUACAAGUUUCCAGACCCAGACAUUUUUGCAAUCCAUACUGGCCUGGGAUGUACGACCGCGGCGAGCAGGACUGCAGCAAAGUUACGCUGGAGGGCUGCAGCCUGGCCCAGGUGCCAAACCCAACCUCGAUCAAGUUCGGCUAUCAAAUGUAAAAAUGUCUGGGUCUGGAAGGGUCCAAGGUUUGUCAUGCACAUUUUGCAUGACUCCUGAUGUCUGUGAUGCAUGCCCUAGAAUCACAGAUUUUGUGAGGGCUUCCUGAUGCCUAUACCGCAUGACAAAUGCUCUUUCCGUGUAGCAAAAUUUGGACUCUCUUCGCUGCUCAUGCAAUACAGAUUUUUUUAGAAUCCAAAUGCAGCAUCACAAGUUCCAACUUUCCAGACCCAGACAUUUUUGCAAUCCAUAUCGGCAAGCCCAGCACGAAACCCCGUUUCCGACAAAAAUUGCUCCUGCAGUGCAACUAUGCAUUGCAAAAUUAUCGUACUAGUAUAAAUUGCAUCACAAAUUUUUUCAAGAAGAAAAAUGGAAUUUGUAAUGCUGAUUUACCCAAAAAGGGAUAUUUGUCAUGCAUGAUAGCAAUUACUACGAGUACGAUACUUUUGCACAGGAUAGCAACAACGCCGGAUGGGGCUAUUUUUAGUUGCGGAGUUCUUGCUUUUUUCAAGUUGGUGUGCUUUGAUUUCAAUCUGAACGCGAUAACAUCAACGACUUGUUGCCGCCAGAAAAAGGCCAAUGUCUUUUAGAAAUGCAAAAUUAUAAAUUUUACAGUAAAUGCUCUUGUGGUGCUUUUUCUUUUUGUGAGCCAACGAAGGCUGCACGCCAGCGAUCUCCGUAUGCUGACGAAGGUGGAGCUUGUUGCAAGCUGUAAUGUUGUCAAAGCAACAUCGUCGGCAUGGAGAUGAUCAUCAUUGGCCGGGACAAGUGCAAGACAGUAGAGCGGCUUUUACUUUAUUCAAAAACACAUUAUUCAAUCUCAAUGAACAACAAACUCUCCGUUUCCUUUUUCCUUUUAUCUAUCGCUAUCGCAGAACCGAAUCCGAAAUGUUUAAGUGUAAGUGAACUCCUGAAGAUGAUCCAUCAACAAGAACUUGUAAGAAAUAUGGUACAUCAUCGAAACCUGUAGGGUCUUCCUCUUCCCCGUUCCGAGGUAGGGACUCUGCUGGUUGAUGUGGAUGGCAACAGCACGGCUCGCAUUUUUCAAACAAAAACUGUACAUAGGAUUGUGGUGUAACAAAAUACACGGGGAUGAAACCUGUAUACUAAAGAAGGAAGAUACGACUGCACAGCUCUUAUUUGUGCGGUUGCACUGGGCUAGAAACACGAUGUCCCCUUCGGCUGGCGUGGUCGCUGAAACGAG